CGAUUACCAUGGCCGAGGCGGUUGGACUCACGGCAAGUGUCGUCGCCAUCAUUGAUUUAUCCGCUAAAGUCGCGACGCUCUGCUUCCAAUACUCGACCGCAGUCGGAAACGCCAGGGCGGACAUCGCACACCUCCAGAGCCGUUUGAAUGACCUAGAUACAUGCCUCCGAGGAGUCCAUCGUGUUUUAUACGGUCCAAAUAAUCAAGCGCUUACGAUAUCACGAGAAUUGAUCGACUCUCUCGAUGGCUGUAAAGCUCGUAAGACGAUGCGCCGACUCGGACUCCGUGCUCUUAAGUGGCCAUUCGAUAGCAAAGAGGUUAGCGGAAUCGUUGCCAACUUAGAACACUACAAGCAGAACAUUAUGUUAAGUCUGCAAAUCGACCAAACUACAAUCUUGCUUGACAUCCAACAAAAGUUCGACGGUGUCUCGCUCCAAUCCUGCAGAGAUAGACCAAUCGCCCGCAUACCCUGCUUCAACGUCCCAUUCGACCGAGACCCCGACUUCGUCGAUCGACCGGAUAUUACUACAUGGCUUCAGAGUCAAUACACGGGCUCCGCCAGUCGCAUAGCGCUUGUAGGCAUGGGUGGAUUUGGCAAAUCACAGGCUGCUAUCCAGUUUGCCCAUCACAUCCACGGCGAGUCACCCCAGACCAGCGUCUACUGGGUGCACGCGAGUUCGAAGCCGAGAUUUGAGGAGGCAUACCGGGCCAUUGCGGAGAGGCUACAGUUGCCAAGGCGAAAUGAUCCUGAUAUCGACGUGCUCAGGCUCGUUCGUGACUGGCUGCAGACAGAGGAAGCUGGCUCUUGGCUGAUGAUCUUGGAUAAUGCCGAUGACGUCAACCUCUUUUAUCCCAUCCAUAACAGCGGAGAUAAGGCAGUGACCGGAUUUGCGAACGAAAACACUAUUGCGAGGACCGAUCAGCAGCCACUGGCGGCAUAUCUACCGAAGCGCCGCAAUGGAACUAUUCUCAUUACAUCGCGUAGCAUGGACGCUGCUGAAAGGUUGACAGGAAGCCAUAAAGCUAUCUACAGUGUCCCGACCAUGGAUGACGCCCAAGGCCUUCAGCUUUUCCAGAACAAGCUUGAUGGUGACUUCGACAGGGAUGCUGCUACUGAUGUUCUUCGGGCUCUAGAUUGUAUUCCGCUGGCCAUCACUCAAGCAGCAGCCUACAUCAACCGCCGCGCUCCCCGCGUGUCAGUAAAGACAUAUCUGGAUACCUUUCAGGAGAGCGACAAAAAAAAGGGCAACCUCCUCAACAGAGAUGCAGGAGAUCUUCGACGAGAUGAAACAGUCUCUAAUUCAGUCGUGGUAACAUGGCAGGUCACAUUUGAGCAGAUACGCCGUGAGAGACCAUCUGCAGCGAAACUGCUUUCUUUUAUGAGCUUCUUCAAUCCACAGGGCAUCCCUGAAUUUAUGCUUCAUGACUAUGUCACCGACCUGACGGACCACGCUAACAGAGAUACCCAACAGGGGAUACAUAUGAGAUGCAUGCUCUGGUACAAUUCUGCACACGAGUUUGGAUAUCUACGACGGGUAACGAAGGACGAUGGAGGCAGCUGUUUCUGCACUCUAUGUCCACACACUUUCCAGAUGGCACGUUCGAGACCUGGCCUACCUGUCAGGUCUUACUUCCUCACAUUGAGCCGACGUUUAGGGAGGAACCACCAGCUGAAGGGUUGCUAG